AUAAGUUAUUAUCGCACUAGCUGAUUUUCUAUGUUGCGUUGUAUUAGAUUCAGUUUGAAAUAAAUAUUAAGGAUGAAGUGGGAGUUGAAUACGUGGUUAAAAAUGUCAGAAAUGUUUCUUAGUGUCACAAUAUUUGGUCUGCACUCAAUGGCUGCAGUCUGGUGGAGUAGCACUAGUCCUUUCGGUUGGAAAAUCAUGUCGGUGUUGACAACGUCCUGUUUAUGCGGACCUAUAAUACCUCAGAUGUUCAGGAACGGGGCAUAUUUUUACACUUCGCACGAUAUAGUGAAACCAAUUAACGUCUUCAUUGUUAUUUACUGCUUUGUGUCGUACUUCGCCGGUUGUGGCCUGGUGGCAAUAGAAACCAUUAUAACAAAAGAAAGAUUCAUUUCAAGAAAUGUAGAUGUCGUUUCAAUCAUUUUCUCCGCUAUACUUACUGUAUUAUUUUUGGUUGAUCUUAUUUCUACAUUAAAAAAACGUAAUGACGAUGAUGAAGAUGAUGAUGGCGAAUAAAAAUAUAUUUCCGAUUUAUA